UGGAUUCCUCCUACCGGGGAGGUGCCUGGAUCCAUGUAAUCUGUAGAUAGCUCAGCACAACUGCAUGUGUAUCACAGCUGGCCGGACUACUACUCACCUCUUCUCUAUGGACCAGAGGAUCAUGCUGCCUAUUGUGACUUUAGAAGAUAUGUGAUGAUAGGAUGGAAAGGAGGGGAUACAAAGGCCACUAAAGAGAUGAAUCUAUUUUCCCUAAGGAAAAGGACAUGUUGAUAAGAAUAAUGGGGUUAAAUCAUUUCAGGAGAUAGGCUGACAAGCGUCUGGUUAUCUUGGCCGCCUCAAGUCAUCUUUGGAGAGUGGAUAAGUGUCUGCUGUGGAUGUGAUGGUUUUCCUAACAGACUGAAGGAGUUGUGGCUAAUCUCUUUAAGAAUGAUAGCUGGAAUUUCUUUACUUCUUGCCAUUAGUCUGUGCGCCUGCGUUGAUCUAGAUACUGAGGAUGUUGCACGAAAUGCUAAGGAGUUUCUUGUGAAAUAUGGUUACCUUGAAGAAGAAAAACACCAUAGCAAGGAACAUUUCGCUGCAGCUGUGAGAGAUUUCCAGUGGACUGUACAUCUUCCAGUCAGUGGAGACAUGGAUGAUGCAACGGUGCACCAGAUGCAUGUACCAAGAUGUGGUAUGAAGGAUGUUAGUCAAGCAAAAUGGCUUCACCAUAGACCUUUUCACACAAAUCACCGCAGAAAACGCUAUACCGUUAAAAGUAAAUGGUACAAACGUCACCUUACAUAUCAGAUUCUCAACUGGCCUUGGUAUCUAUCCCAACAUCAAGUGAGACAAGCAGUGAAAGCAGCAUUUCAGCUGUGGGGUAAUGUCUCCUCCCUGGUGUUCUCAGAAGCAGCAGGAGAUUCUGCAGACAUUCGCCUGGCAUUCUUUGAUGGGGAGCACAAUGAUGGUGCCAGACAUGCCUUUGAUGGACCAGGUGGCGCUUUGGCACAUGCUUUCUUUCCAAGACGAGGAGAAGCUCAUUUUGACAAUGCUGAACAUUGGUCAUUAAAUGGAAAGGGCAGAAAUCUCUUUGUUGUCUUGGCGCAUGAAAUUGGACAUACACUUGGUCUCCAACACUCACCCUUCAAAAAUGCCCUUAUGUCUCCAUACUACAAGAAACUAGGCAACGAAUAUGUGCUGAACUUUGAUGAUAUCUUGGCUAUUCAAACACUUUAUGGAGCUCCCUCUAGUGGCAAGCUAGUGCAACGCCCUGGGAAAGAUUUUUCCAUGUUUGAAGACUGGAGUGCAGAGAAGAGUGAAGCAAGAGCUGAAAGGAAGGAUUAUUAUUGUCACUCCAUGUUUGAUGCUAUAACAUGGGAUUUAAAGGACACAUUGUACAUCUUUAAAGGUCGCAAAUAUUGGAUGAUGUUUCCAAAUGGGACUGCCACGGAGCCACAGCUCACACAACAAAGGUGGAAAAAGUUGCCAGCAUUUAUUGAAGCUGCAGCAGUGUCAGGAUCCGAUGGAAAAUUCUACUUCUUCAAAGGUGGGAGAUGUUGGAGAUACAAAGGGUCCAGACUCGAGGCUGGCUUUCCUCGUAAGUGCAGUGACCAUGGACUCCCAAGACACCCUGACACAGCUCUGUAUUUUCAGCCACUUGGACAUUUGGUCAUUUUCAAAGGGUACAAGUACUAUGUUUUUAAUGAAAAAUCACUGAAAGUGGAGCCAUAUUACCCAAGAAAUCUUCAUGACUGGAAAGGUGUCCCUCACAGCACUAAUGCAGCACUGACCCAUCCAAAUGGCUUGAUAUACUUUUUUAAAGGUGAACACUACUGGACGUUUGACCAGAACAACCUAAAAGUCACUGCUUCUGGAAAGUGGAAGCAAGACUUACCUUGGCUUGGUUGCCAACGUUCUUGAUGUAUAAUAAUGUGUAAUUAAUACUUAGGAGAAGUUCCUGAACACCCCUAUAUUACAUGAUUCCAUUUGAGCAUCCGCAUGAAAUGCACAAUAAAGAAAUGGUGACACAG